AUGAAAGCCCUCAUAUUUGCAGCUGCUGGAUGACUGCUUCUGAUGCCUACUUUUUGUGAAAAAGAAGAAGCACAAAAACCAGGAAGCACAGUUCGAUGUCUGUUAUUAAUAUGCACAGUCAUGGAAGAAAAUGACACUUCGGCAAUGCCAACCUCAACUAAUAAGACUUUUGGAGAUCCCCUAAAUUCUUCUGUAGACUUCCUCCUUUCUGCCAGAGAAAGCUGGACAGGAGCCAAAGUAAUUGUAAAAAUGAAAUAUCUUGAAGUAAAUAUUUCAAAUCUGCAUGUGAGUAAUUCCACCAUGGGGAACCUGAGCAGUUCCUUAAGUUUUACAGUGAUACCUACCAUCUACCUGCUGGUGUUUGUGGCUGGUGUGCCAGCCAAUGCUGUGACCCUGUGGAGACUUUUCUUCAAGACCAACUCCAUCAACACCUUCCACACCAACCGGGCCAUCGUAGAUAUCCUCUUUUGUGUGACACUGCUUAAGGUAGCUUAAUAUCUCAGUGGGAACUGCUGGACCGCUGGGUGUUUGGAUAUCAUGUGCUGGGUCAUCACGAUUAUCUUCUAUGGCAACAUGCACUGCUCUAUUCUGCUCCUCACCUGCAUGACCAUCAACCACUACCUGGCCACUGUCCACCCUUUCUUGUUCCGGAAGCUGUCCAAACGUACAUUUGUUUUGCUAGCAUGUGGAUUGGUGUGGACAACUGCUUUCUUAUCCAUGCUGCCAUUUUUCUUCCUUAAGCAGAAAGAUUAUCUAGUCCAGCUGAAUUUCACCACUUGCCAUGGCGUCCCCAGCACAUGCGAAUUUUCAUCUCCCUUCCAACUCUACCACUUCAUUUUGACUUUCUUCGGAUUCUUGAUUCCAUUUGUGAUUGUUAUUUACUGCUACACAAACAUCAUCUGCAAACUUAAUGCACAUGAUCCUAAGCUGCUGAGGUAUAGCAAGGCAAUUUUCCUUGUCCUCAUGAUUUUUACCAUUUGCUUUGUUCCAAGCAAUAUUGCAUUGCAUGUCAUUUACCAUACUAACUACUAUUCCAACAACACUGAAGGCUUAUAUGUUAUCUAUCUCAUAGCGUUGUGCCUACGUAGCCCGAAUAGUUGCUUAGAUCCACUGCUUUAUUUUCUCAUGUCAAAAGUCAUAGAUCAGCUGGGGAUGUAG